UAUAACCACCCCAUUAUCCGACUGGUAGAAAGACUACAAACCGCGAUUUGUGUGGAGAAAACAAUAUUUUUUGAAGACAUCAUGACGAGUCUAAGUCGUUUAGAAAAGCUUGGAACAGUAUUUACAAGAGUUCGUGAUCUAAUGAGAGCAGGGGUGAUGAAAGAAAUGGAUAAACCGCUCUGGUAUGAUGUCAUGGCUACCUUCCCUCCGAGAGAUGAGCCGACCUUCAAGCAACCAACCUCACCAGAACCUCUGAAGGAGCUUCUCUAUCCAGAGGACAAACAGAGGGCAAAAUUUUACCAGACUUAUGCGGGCCAGCAGACCUUAGACUUAACCAAACAUUCGUCAGUCAAAGACUCUAUAUGCAACAGGUACAUCCAGACAUAUCAUGAUCAGGAGGCUAAGAAUGAAGGUAUGAGUGUAGAAGAUCUCAUGGUUGCUACAGAACAAGCUCUAGCAGCUCAAGGCAUCAAUCUGCGGAGACGAGGAGUGCCCAGGAUGCAAGCAAGGAAAGAGACUCCAUCACAGGAAAGGAAGCCAGAAUUAGGUGGAUUAGCCAAACUCCUACAAGACGCCUUAGCAAAGGAAGGACCACAAACCAGAUGAUAAGAAGAGGAAGAAAUGAAUUAUAACUCUGUAAAGUGCUAUCUGGGAUUCAGGGAGAUGCAAAUCUGGUUUUACAGUGGCUGCUUCGAAAACAUGGAACAUUAUCCCACUUGCAAUUGAGAAUUGUUCUGCCAUGCCUCUU